CGGGAGUUUCGAACCGCGAAACAACGGACAGUCCUAGUUGAGCCACAACCAGAAACGGUAGCAAACUGACCUCUCCUGCCCGGCGGUGUUCAGUGUCCUUUGUGCUUUGUUAGACGAAAAGGGGUUGGUGUGAAAUAGGUCUAAAAAUAAAAAUAACACCCCGUUGAACUCCUCCGCUGUUUCGAUUAGUAUUCAGUUGUGGUACGCGCCUGUGGAAGCUAGUAGUAGUAGCAGUACUAGAACAGGACACGCGAGAAUCGCUAGAGACGGGAGAGGCACCAACGGGGGUUGGGCCCAUUCGUCGUGGCAUAAUGAAAAGUGGAAAAUGAUGUCGGUCGGUCGGGUUUGUACUGCGACAGGAUCCCGUUGUGUUGUAGUUGUUGUUUUUUUUGUCGUGCACUUGGUGACGGUGGAAUUUAUUCCAAUGUUUGAUCUACUCCGUCGGAGACGGUUAACCAGUAGUAUUAGCCAGUGACGGUUUGCAUCUUUGUCGUAACAGACGUCCAGGAUUAUCGCCGGAUUAUCUGCCGAAUAAGGGAUAUGAAUUGCUUCGUAGAUGUAACAAAACGUUACAUAAGAUGAAAGUUGAUAAUUGAAAACGAAUGUGGAACGAAGAAUGUUUUGGAAACAAACUGUGUGUGCGUGGAUCAGCACCGAAGAUCACCCAAAGCAUGGAAUGGAUUAGAGUUUAUUAUAUAAUGUGAGUGAGUCCUUCCGAACAAAGUGGGGGCGUAUGAAAUUAUCCGAUGAACCCGAAUCGUAGUUUCGUAGGAUUAUAAAAAAAGGGGGUGAAGGUAGAUGUGAGUGUACAUAAAACCCGUUCCCGUACCGGCUGGAACUAUGGUGUGGAAAAUUGAGUUGGUAGAAGUGUUCGCACGGAAUACGCAAUGUGACUUUCCAGUGCCACAGCCGAACUUUCUUGAUUGAAAAUUCUUCAAACCACUCAAACUGUUGAUUCUAGAAUCGUAGAUAGUGUUGUUAAAUAGCAAAAAAGAGCGCGUGUGUGUGUGUGUCUUCGUGAGCGAGUGAAUCGAGUUGGUUAUAAUGCUAGCAUUACUGGCAACCGAAAACUUCAAGGCGCGGACAAACCAUCGAUCCCGGAUUGAGUAUCAUGCUCACAGAGCACCUCCACCGACAGCAGCAACCGAAACUCGAAGAAGGUGCCGUUACAACCGCACUGCGCAAAACCCUUGCCAAGCAAAGCCGAAAACUAGCCCAGAAUCCGUUCUGUUCGUCCCAAGAUAAUUUGGGAGCUUCCGAGUAUCGGAAGGAUCGCCGGGUCCAUGGGUUGCAACUGCCGUUACAUCCACUGCAGCUAGUCGGUUGGUUUGCGUUGGCAGUAUUCGGUUACUCGACCUUUGCCGUUCUGAUACCGGCCCUGAAACCGUCGGUGCAAGCGCCACUGUACUAUCUACUAGCUACGCUCUAUCUACUGCAUCUGGGAUCACACCUAGCAGCACUGCUGCUCGAUCCGGCUGACGUUGAACUGCGCCGUAAAAGUACCCGAACGGUCGUGCCGGAGUUCGAUCGCAGCAGGCAUUCGCACGUGAUUGAGAACGGACGGUGCCACCUGUGCAACAUCAAGACAACCAGUCACCGGACUAAACACUGUAGUGUCUGUAACAAGUGUGUCGGUACGUUCGAUCAUCACUGUAAAUGGUUAAAUCACUGUGUUGGUGGUCGAAACUAUGUGGCUUUCCUUAUGUGUGUGGUUAGUGCUGUCAUCGCAGCGCUGGUCAUUCUGGCCGCCGCUGUCCUAGAGAUCGCCUUGUACCAUGUACAACCGGAUUGGUUGAAUCUCGCGUGGUUCGGUCCCACCGGUGACGGAAACCAAACCUCCUCGGACGCGGUCGACCUCGGCUUGGAGACGGAUCUUGGUAACGAAUCAUUUUCCACCACUGCACUUCCUACGCUUUGGGACAACGUAACUAACGCAACUCAGGAGCUUCUGCUUAAUCAAACCAUCUUUAUUGAUCUGUCGGAGAAGAACACCACCACGGACACCGACCGGAAGAAACCUCCACCAGAAACCACCGGAAUCAGUAUCAACAAUACGAUAUGUCUAGCGUUCAUCGGUUUUCUCGGGAUUCUAGCGGCGAUCGCUGCCGGUCUCCUCAUACAUCUGUGCUGCUUUCACAUCUACAUUUCCUUUCUCGGUCUGACCACCUACGAGUACAUCCGUGCCAGCCGCCAGAAUGUGAUGAGCAAUGGACAACCAGCCAAGGGUUCCGGAAACCUUCCGAACGGACCGUCGACGACGACCGUUGUUACUUCGGCUACGGCACCGAGUUCCAAAUCAUCCGUGCUGACAAACUGCACUAAGCCGAACCACCGGACCAUACCGGAAGUGUACGUUUGCUCUUCGGUAAAUCCGCUAACCCUACCGGUAACCGGAACCCUGAACGAUCUGAACCGACAGCGGCCACGUACCUUGCAUUGCUGUGAUAAUUCGAAAGAAUGCACCAACAAUAUCACUUCGGCUGGGCUUCGCAAUUUGGACACGAUCUCGUUGACAACCGUCGGAACCAGUGCUUCAACGGGGUUGGAAACGCAUCAAAAGGCCGCUUUCUACCUUUGUUCGUUGUUGGAAGAACGCAACCUAGCCGCCGUCAAAGAUAACCCCAAGGAUAAGUGCGAAUCCCGUUCCUUCCAUUGCUGUUCCCAGUACCGACAGACGAUCAAUGGGGAGGACUUCGAAACGACGACCACAUCCGAAUCGUACGUACAGUACAGCGAACAGUGCACGUUCUGUAGCUUCAAAGUGAAACCGAUCCGCCGUAACAACGCACGGGACAACGGCGGCGAACAAUUUGUGACUCUCAAGGAGAAACGGUGCUGUGCCAAGUCCGUCAGCAAGCAUCAUCGGUGGAAGAGAAAAUGGAACUGUUGCUCCAACGUGCCGGACAGUCCGGAUGUUCCCGGUGAUCCAAUGCGAUCCAUAUCGGCUGUAGUUCAGCAACAACAACAACAACAACAGAAACGCAACGUACCGCAAUCGUUUCCGACGAUCACCAACGUGGUGGAACAGAAUCAUCAUCUACCGGAACUGACAAAUAAUGAAAAUUGUGCCAAUAACAAUAGUAAUAAUAAUAAUAACUGUGUUAGCAACAACAACAAUAAUAGUAGCAACAAUAAUGGUACCGAGUGCUUUGAUAAUCUGACGUCGGUUGGCGAGCACAACGCGAUCAACAAUAACAGUAUCAUCUACAGCGGAACCGGUUCGACUAGCAGCGGCGGUAAUCUAAUACUGAACGACGCCAACGGAAACGACGUAACGCUUCUGUCGAACAGUGCCAGUCCCGUGCCCAAACGACCGAGGGCCCGCUCGGUACGUCCAUGGCCUGUGGUUCGUCUCCGACAUAUGAUCCGUAUGAUCGAUCGCUACCGUAGACCACGGUGCCGACCGGGGGCACCACUGGCGGCAGCCAACAUCAAACAGAAUCAGGUACGGCCCCUGUCCACCAACGAAUGUUCCUCCGCGGUCGUUAACUGUGGAUCACCGGCAACAAUUCUGAACUACGGCGUGAUUCUUCCUACUUCGGCAAUCCGAAACGAUGCCCUUCCGACGAUGCCGGUCCUACCGCAUCCGGCACGGCGCAAACUCAAAAAUACCACCGACGAUCUGCACGAUCUUGCCGACACACUAGCUUUCGUACAUCAACAACAACACUCGAAUGCUCCGAAUCAACUACAACCGGCGACGGUUCGAAUACCGGUCCAUCCGUCGUACCGUCGCAGUAGGCGGAAAAACGUUAUACGUAAUCGCAGCCCUACGCUGUCACCGAUCCACGAAUCCGGCCUAUCUAAUCCAACGUCACCGCAACCCUGUCGGCACUCGUGCUCCGGCAGUAUUUCGUCGUUGACCUCCGGCGGUGCGGUGGUAAACGUGUGCGGCUCUGGAAGCGGAAGUCACGGGACUGCUGUAGACUAGCGCCUACAGACCGUAAAAAAAACAAACUAUAUCCACGUAUACUCGCUUUGAAUUGUACUCUCUUCUAUCCAACGUUCACUCUCUCUCUGUUUCUCUCUCGAUGACUUCUGAAUGUGUGCGUAUUUAUCGUGACAUCAACAUCAAGUGUUGACCAGUGUUAAUUAAUAUGAAAUCGUGUUACAACAACAAAUGUUUUUUAGCUAAACAAAAUCCAAAUAUUUGUGAAACAACGAAAUGAUCAUUUCUAAAUACGGUUCAAAGCGGCGACCCAGCGUUCAAAUUGUUUACAGUUUUGAGAAAGCGAGUAUUUUUUGUAGAAAUUUGCAAAGGAACAAAAUCUAAACUAAUGAUAGUAAACAAAGUGAUUGUAAGACACAAGCCAUUGAGGGUUUUUAAAAGUGGUGAAUCGUCCGUCGAUAUAUUGUCACAAACUACAAAUUUGUUGUAUAAAACAGAAGAGAGGUUUUAAACAGGAAGGAUAUAGUAAUAAAAUAUUUGUUUCGAGAAAAUA